CCACCAAGCGAGAUCCGUUUAUAUAACACGCCGCGUCGCUUCCGGCUACAUGUGUACCAUCCUCCAGUCCAAGCUACAGAGCCACUGCACCGGUGCACUACGGUCGACCGGCCUCCAGCCGGGUCGGUCUCGGGCUACUCCGGAGAGACGAGCCAGUCACACACAGAGAGAGCGAUGCCUCCGAGCGCCGGCGAGGUGGCGCGGCCGCAGAGCCCACUCCGCGCCAUGAUGCCGCAGAGCCCGCUCCGGAUCAAGCAGGGCGGCAAGUUCUACGAGCGGCUGCUCACCAAGGAGAGCUCGGGGGCCAACCCGUCGUUCCGGUACUACGGGUCGGAGCCGGGCUCCGUGCCGUUCGUCUGGGAGUCGGAGCCCGGGACGCCCAGGGAUGCCUCGCGGAUGGUCGGCGGCGCGCUCCCGGCCAUCACCCCGCCCCCGUCCUACCUGCUCCGCCACCACGGCGGCGGCGUCGACGUGUCCCGUCGCGUCACGGCCACGGGCAGGAAGAAGCGGUACAGGCUCAAGCGGACGAUCAAGGUCGGCUUCAUCGCCGACAUGUUCCGCAGGCUCGCCGUCGGCAAGGCGUGCUGGUCGCGGCCGGGGCCGUCGCCGGCCCAGGUGUCGUCGUCCAGCCGGUGGCUCGUGGCGUCGGAGAAGCCGCCCGACCAGCACGGGCGCCACGACGAUCAGGCUCCCGCGGCGAAGAGCGGCGCCGUGGUGUGCUCCGGGGCGCGUCAGCCGAGCCCGUGCUGGAUGCUGCCGUUUCGCGGCGGCACGGGCAACCGGAACCGCGACUGCGACUAGGCGUAGAUCGGUCUCGGCGUGUAAGGUGCGGCGGAGCCAUCAAAGGGGAUUAAACACACGAUAUAACUGCGGUUUGUUAGUAUUACUACUACUACUUUUGUUGUUGUUAUGAUGGUGAUUGUGAAAGGUGUCAACAGAAUAUGAGUUCUCUGCAGACUUGUUUGCCGUUGUGUCAUCAGCAGGCCGACCGACUGCUGUUGCCUAGUCUUAGGGAACUUGUCAUUACUGGGUUCAUUGUGUUUGGAACUAGUAAGGGUUUGCUUAUAAUUA